AUGUCUAUGUUCACUCAACACCAUCCCGGGGACCUUCGAUUUACGUUAACUAUUCCUUCCUCAGAGGAUGGAAGCGUAGUCGCAGCCGCUUUACCCCUACCAUCGCAAGUAACUGGGAUAAGACAUGAAAUACCUUCUGCCUCUCGGCGAUUUCCGCGACUUCUAUCCACAACACCUAAAGAAGAAGAAAGCAGAGAUGUCUCUCAGCUUGAAGUGCAUAAUUCUGGGCGGCUUGGUGCUACAAGUCACCCAGUCUUCAAUAAGAAUGUACUUGCGAAAUCCGACAUUGUUAUCACCCCUCAAAAAUCUCAACUGCGUGUUGGCAAACACUCAGCAUGCAAUCAUGAGCUCGUAGAGGAUGGACAUGGCCAUUCUCAGCCUCCUCACCCAAUGCCAGGAACAUCCGUCGAGUCAUUAUAUGAGAAGUUGCACUCCCAUACAGUGACCAGAAGCAGAACAACAAUUCGUUGGUAUGAAUCAUUAGGCAAAUUUGAUUCCCCUCCGCCGAUCCCAGCAAACGUCGAUGUUCCCAGGGGAAUCCUAUACCUUCGCAAGGACCAGGCCAAUGGGAAAGUUUGUCAAGCCUGGAGAAGGACCGUCGAGAAUGGCCGCCUCGUGUGGGCCAAUCUUCGCCUUGGAGACGAAGAGAAGCCGGGAAACUCUAAAUCGCGUAUUUUUGUCAUCAGCAGCGACGGAAUCCCGAAGUGGAUAUCAAAGAAGUAUCAGAGGAAAAUGAAACAUUAG